AUGGAAUACUCAAUUAAUAUCAACAAAGCAGCUAUCGACGGCUUAAGCAAACAUGACAUCUUAAAAGAUGUCGUUAAAGAUCCCAACUUCCAACCUAAAGGGAUACUAUCAGCCGAAUUUAACUCCUCUAAUUCUACAGUGGCUAUGGGAAACACCCUUUCUGUUGAAGCUACUGCAUCGAAACCACAAGUUCAAUUCAUUUUGAACGACAGUGUUAAAGAUAUCAAUGAAGAUGAUCACUUUACUCUAGUAAUGACGGACCCAGACGCUCCCUCAAGAACAGACAAAAAAUGGUCCGAGUUCUGCCAUUAUGUGGAGACAAAUAUCAAAUUAGACGGGUUUGCAAGAGACUCUGAAUUUUUAGCAAGUGAAAUCUCUAAUGGACAUGAAAUGAUGCCAUAUAAAGGGCCAGGACCUCCAAAAGGGACUGGGCCUCAUAGGUACGUUUUAUUGUUUUACAAACAAACACCUGGGGUCACCUUGACGAAAGUGAAAGAUAGACCAAAUUGGGGGUAUGGUCAACCAGCUGUUGGUGUCCAUAAAUGGGCUAGUGAAAAUAAAUUGUCAUUGCUAGCUGUCAAUUUCUUCUUUGCGGAGACUAAGUAA